AUGAUCAGUGUGUACUCAGUCAAAGUCACUGAUCCCAGCAUCAGGCAGCAGAUCUGCUCUCUCAACAGGGCAAUAACAGCAUUCAACGUACUGCUGCUCCACAUGCCUGAUUGUCGCACUGAGCUCUCUGAUUGGCUUAGACUGAGGGAUGAAGCCAGCAGAGAUCAGAUUCUCUCAACAGAGACCUCUACAGCACAGAGAUCCAACCAUGGCACCCACAAUCACUGCAGCAAUGACCGUUUCUCAGGAGCACCUGACUCUGACCCACAAGUUCGAAUCAACAGCAGCAUUGAGAAGCUCAAGUCUCUCCUGGGUCCAGAGUUCCUCAGACAGCAGCCAGACUCCAAGCUGGAGAAAGCAGACAUCCUGGAGAUGACAGUUUGUGUCCUGAGACGACUGCAGCAGCAGAAUCAAGCUGUGGACUCAGCAGCUGUCGAUCAGGGCUACUCCAGGUGUGUCCAGGAGGUGAAUCACUUCCUGUCUAAAGAGGAGGUGGAGACACAGUCCCAGAGAAGACUUGUGAACCACUUCAACAAGCUGCAGUCUUCCUCUGAUAAGACGGUGAGAGAGGCUGACAUCUCUCUUCUGAGCUCCACAGUCCAGACCAGCAUUAUCAAAGAGAAGAGUCUGGCCAGGAGCGCCCCCUGGAGGCCGUGGUAGACACCUACAGACUGGAGUUAGUACCAGACAAACUGAGACCACAUUGGUCAAAGAUUACUGAACUGAAUUCUUUGAAAUUUAUGGACUUGUUCUUCUGUAUGUACAGAAGCUGCAUUUUGUGUUUUUUCUUUGUGCAAGAUGUAAUUUCCUAAGGAAGUUACAGCAACAAUAUCUUUCAAGUUUAGAAAGAGAACAUCUUGUCAUGCAUGUUGCAUGAACCAAAUCUGAUUGCAUCAGCAAUUAUUAUUAUACUUCACUGUACUUCAUGUAUUGGUAGUAAUUAAUGCUAUGGAAACAUGAUAUAUUUUGAUUGAUUUUGAUCAUAGUGAUCAGAAAACUGUAACUGACGUUGUUGUGUACAUAUUGUCAUAAUGGCAAUAAAUCUCUCUGGUAACUCAAAACUGAUCUGUUCUAAGAUCCAAAUGUGUAUCCUUUUUCUAAAAGUUAUGCUUAAGGUCACAAUUUUCCUGUGACAGAUUUAUAAUUCACUAUACAUUAUAUAUUGUUAAAAUAUAAUGCAAUGGUGAUAC